GCAAGAGCCCUUCACUGAAAUCCUCCCACCAUGCUGGGGCUGCUGCUGCUGCAGGUGUUGGCGAGCUGCCUCUGCCUGGGACACGGUGAGGUGGUGAAAUCCUUUACAACUGCAUGUACUCAGUUUUUCUAUGAGAAGACCCUCCCAAGUGACACCCUGCGUCCAACAAAUGCAGCCAGGAUCUGCCAGCGCUUAAGUAACAAAUAUCACUUUGCCACCCUGUAUGACAAAACUCUGAGAAUUCCAGUGUACUCUGCUUACAUCUAUAAUCCUGGAAAUGGAGAGAGAUAUGAAUCAUGGUUUGUUGAGCCCCAGCUGAUCAACCAAAACUAUGGUAAAGAUAUGGAUACAGAAGAGACCAUUGAAGAUGAAUAUUCCAUCAAUUUAGAGCAAAUUGGCCAGAAUCAGGCUACCAAUGAAGACUACAACAAUCUCCAGAAUCUGGAAAAAUGUCCCUUGGCUCCUAGUGGCCAGAAAACUGGCGACGACAGCAAGUGGGCGACCUUCACCCUCACCAACACAGUGCCCCUGAACAGCAGACUUCAUCAAGAGGGCUGGAGAGAUUAUAUGGAGAAAACGAUGGCCCAGAAAACCCAGGGCUGUGAUACCACCUAUGUCAUCACGGGUGCUGUACCUGGGAACACCAAUAUCCCAAAUGGGAGGGUAAAUGUACCCAGCCACAUCUGGUCAGCUGCCUGCUGCCUGUUAGGCAAUAAUCCCACAAGGGCUUGGGGGGCCAUUGCUGACAACGAAAGAAACCAGGUGGAGCACGUCACCCUGGGGCAGCUGGAGAAUUGGUUGACCAAUCUCUAUAAAGGGAGAAUGGUUACUCUGUUCAACAAUGAUUGUCCCCGGCAAUAAGCCUCACAUCCUUGAUGGAAAAGGCUCAGCAAAUUUUCCCACAUGUCACAGAAUCACAGAAUCACUGAAUGGGUUGGUUUUGGUGGGUCCUUAAAGCCUCGAAGAUCAUCUCAUUUUGACCUGCCUGCCAUGGGCAGGGACACCUUCCACUACCCCACGUUGUUCCAAGCCCUCC